AUGAAAGAUGCAGAUGGAGGAUCAGAAAUUAGAGCGCCUGCCAGGACUUAUGCCAUACGUGCUCGAGAGGAUGCCUCAUCUCCCGAUGUGAUUCUUGGGGCAACAGUGAUCUCCAAGAUCGAUCUGAGGUCUAGUUACUAUCAGUUGAGAGUUAAAGAGUCUGAUGUGCCGAAAACCGCCUUUAGAACGAGAACCCCUUUAUAUUGGACUGAACUCGGUGAGAAUCGAAUUCAUGGAGUCGACCUGGUGAAAGAAACUGAAGAAAAGGUGAAAGUAAUCCGUGAUUGCCUAAAAGCUGCCUCAGAUCGGCAAAAGUCGUAUGCGGAUUUAAAGAGAAAAGAAAUUGAGUUUCAAGUGGGUGAUAAAGUGUUCUUGAAAGUAUCCCCAUGUAAGAAGAUUCUGAGAUUUGGUCGUAAAGGCAAACUAAGUCCACGUUUUAUUGGACCAUAUGAAGUUACUGAGAGAGUUGGCCCUGUAGCAUAUCGGUUAGCUUUACCGCCAAAGUUGGAAAAGAUACAUAAUGUAUUUCAUGUGUCGAUGUUGCGACGUUAUCGCUCGGAUCCUUCACAUAUAGUUUCUCCUACAGAGAUUGAGGUUCGAUCAGAUAUGACUUAUGAGGAAGAACCCAUAAAGAUUUUGGCUCGGGAGGUCAAACAGUUAAGAAAUAAAAGUGUAGCCUUAGUGAAAGUGUUGUGGCAAAAACAUGGAAUGGAAGAGGCUACGUGGGAACCGGAGGAAAUUAUGAGGAAACAGUACCCAAACCUCUUUUAG